CUUUAGCUUCAGCUUCUCCAGCCAGGUGCAUCCAUCACGGAUGUCCGCGUUAACUUCAACGACAGGACUGCGAGCUUGGAAUAAGACAGGGGCUUAACGUACACAAGCAAUAUAUUUAACAUCGAAUUUAUAUUGGGAAUGUGGCCAUUGACAUGUACUAAAACAGCAUCGAGGUAAUGAAAGGGCGAUUGUGUCUGUGUGUACGCGCGCGCACGAACGAGGAGGGAGGAAAAGACGGCCGCCAUUUUGCCGACGCACGGCCGAUGGGCCCGGCGGGGGGGCCAUGUGGCAAGGGUGAGAUCGUGAACGAGGAGGGGGAGCGGAGAUGAAGCUGAAGCAGCGUGUGGUUUUGCUGUGCGCCGUGCUCCUCCUGCUGGGCCUGGCCAAGAUCUUCCUGCUAGAUGGCGGCGAGGGCUCGGCGGCCAGCAGGCGAGACCUCAGGGCCUUCCGCAAGAUGGAGGCCGGCCUUUCGCUGUCACGGGGCGCCCGCCUGGCACACACCCUGCAGUCUCCGUGGGAGAUAGCCAGCCAGUGGGUGGGGCCCCGAGAGGUGUACCCGGAGGAGGCGCCCGAGCUGGCCGCCGUGCUCACCGCCCUCGGCCAAGCCCAGAUUGAGCGCGCCGACGUGGGUUACAAAGGCACCCAGCUCAAGGCCCUCCUGGUGCUGGACGGGGGACAGAAGGUGGUCUUCAAACCCAAGAGAUACGGUCGCGACUACGUGGUCGAAGGAGAGCCGUACGCCGGCUACGACCGACACAAUGCCGAGGUGGCCGCCUUUCACCUGGACAGAAUCCUGGGCUUCAGGAGGGCGCCCCUGGUGGUCGGAAGGCACGUGAACCUGCGCACGGAGAUCAAGCCGGUGGCCAGUGAGCAGCUGCUCAGCACCUUCCUGGCGCAGGGGAACAACACCUGCUUCUACGGGAAAUGCUACUACUGUCGGGAGAGCGAGCCGGCGUGCGGCCACGGCGACAUCAUGGAGGGAUCUCUGACCUUGUGGCUACCGGACGUGUGGCCGUUGCAGAAGCACCGGCACCCCUGGGGACGCACGUACCGCGAGGGCAAGCUCGCCAGAUGGGAGUACGACGAGAGCUACUGCUCGGCCGUGAAAAAGAUGGCGCCGUACGACGCCGGACCGCGCCUGCUGGACGUCAUCGACACAGCCGUCUUUGAUUAUCUGAUCGGGAACGCUGACCGCCACCACUACGAGAGUUUCCAGGAUGACGGCGGCGCCAGCAUGCUCAUACUGCUGGACAACGCCAAGAGCUUUGGGAACGCGGCCCUAGACGAGCGCAGCAUCCUGGCGCCGCUCUACCAGUGUUGCAUGAUCCGCGUUUCCACUUGGAACCGGCUCAACCUGCUGCGGGGCGGCGCCCUGAGCUCGGCCAUGCGCCAGGCGCUGGCGUUCGACCCCAUCCGGCCCGUCCUGGCCGAGCCGCACUUGGCCGCCCUGGACCGGCGCCUGGCCGGCAUAGUGGCCACCGUCAAGCAGUGCACAGAGGCGCACGGCGCCGACAAUACCCUGGUGGAAGACCGCAUGAACCUGCCGCACCCCUGAUGAAAACGGCAGACAUUUUCGCAGGGUGGGAUUUCCCUCUUGUUGGUUGUUUUGCCCCCUCGUGGACUUGUCGGGGAGAAGUUCCGAUGAAGGAGGAAGCGCACUGACAAGCCGUCAUCGUGAUUACUGUCAACGAGGUGACAAAAAACAAAAAGCCAAGUGUACAUAUUCAGAUACCAUAAAUACACUAGAUGUGUUGAUUAUAAUGUUUCAAAAAGUGUGUGAGUGCGUGAGAGUGAGAGGAAAGUCGCCAUACUGUGCCAUUAAGCUACUGAUAUCACACACUUGAACGGGGAAGGAGGAGGAGUCAUGUAAGGAAAGCUUCAUCUUCAAUAUUAAACACAUUCAUUUCA